CGGGCUGGUGUGCCCCUUUAGUCUCAUUUUGUUUUGUGGGCCUGUUUAAUCUUUGAGAAGGUGCAUUUUUAAAGCACAGAGUCUGAUGUUGAAAACAUGUCCACUGCAGCGUAUGCAUUUCCACCGUAAGAGUGUCAGGACUGAGAGCCCCAAAGUCUUCUGUGUUCUGUGUUUUUGUUUGGAGAAACCAUUGGAGUGGGGAGCGUUCGUGACGUGUAGCCAUCAAGAGAAAAAAUCCAAGUUGUUCUCCUUUGUGGUCUCUUCCCAGAUGCCAGAAAAGCAGCAGUUAUAUGACAUACCACCCAGUCCCCAAAAGGCAGGACCACGGCCUCCAGUCGGCCAAGCCAGUAAACACAGUGCUCCCCCGGUAUCUCCGAUGGUAGGAAGAUGCAGCUACAGCACAUUGCCAAACCCUCAGAAGUCAGAAUGGAUUUAUGACGCUCCAGUGUCUCCAGAAAAAGUCAGCAUGGGAAACAUGCCUCUAAGCAGCAUGUACGAAGAAGCGAGGCCCCACUCGCCUCCCAAGCUUGUCCCCGCUUUCCAUGGUCCUUCCCUGGAUAGCAGUCCAAGCUCCCUCAAUCAACAACUGUAUAAAAAUGUGUCUAGGCAGAAAACACUCAGACUCCCAGAAAUUCCUGCUUAUGGCCUUCAGGCACCUAGGAACACAGAUGCCCUGGAUGAGGGUGUCCACUACAAAGUCCCCUCAAGCUUUCUGAUUCCCCAUGUGGAACAGCAGAACACCAAGCCAAAUAUUUAUGACAUCCCGAAAGCAAUGGCCAACGUCCCUUGGGGUGUGAGAGACCUGAAAAAAGCAGGUGGGGCUACCGAGCCUUGCGUGGACCACAGCUCGUCGUGGUGCUCCAGACCGGCCACGUCCACGUCUCCUGAACCCGACACGUUGGUGGUUGCCAGCUCUGACAGCAGGAGAGCCAGCAUGGUAUCUUCCUGCUCCUCCAUGUCCACCGAUUCCUCCUCAAGCUCGUCCUCGGAGGAAUCGGCAAAGGAGCUCUCUGUGGACCUGAAUGUGGCCAAGGAGACAGUCACUGCCCUGCAGCACAAGGUGGCCGGCGCCGUGGCAGACCUGAUGCUGUUUGUAAGUAGGAACUGGAGGUUCAGGGAGUAUCUGGAGGCCAAUAUCGACAAAGUCCACAGGGCCGUGGACCACGUAGAAGAAUCUUUAAGAGAAUUUCUGGAUUUUGCCCGAUGGGUCCAACAGACAGCCUGUCACCUCACCGACAGUAACCUUCAGGCCAGAUUUAAGGAUCAGCUCCAGACAAUCUCCUGCUCCUAUCAGACCCUUCUGGAAACAAAGGAAAGCCUGGAUAGCUGCCGUUGGUCCCUGGAAAUUCUUGUGACGGACAAAGUCCAAAACAGCCCAGAUGACCUGGAGAGAUUUGUCAUGGUGGCGCGGAUGGUUCCAGAAGACAUCAAGAGGUUUGCCUCCAUGGUCAUUGCCAAUGGGAGGCUCCUUUUUAAGCAGAACUGUGAGAAGGAAGAGACCCUGCAGUUGACUCCAAAUGCAGAAUUUAGGCUUAAAAAAUGCAUCCAGCUUCCCCAAAAAGAAAAUGAAUCACACCAAAGGAGCAGUCCUUUUAAUAAACAAAGGGAAAAUGGACACUCCCCGGAACUAGUGAAGAAAAAUGGGACAAAUGUCUGUGGACAGAAUCCCGGUUCUCUGAUACCCCAGCCUUUGAGUCAGCAGAAUCUGGAGAAGAAAAUCCACCUCUCUGAACACUGCCGGCUCUACUUUGGGGCUCUCUUCAAAGCCAUCGGAGUACUGACCAGCAGCCUCAGCAAUGGCCAGCCCCCAGAGACCUUCAUCACGCAGAGCAAGCUGGUCAUCCUGGCUGGGCAGAAGCUGGUGGACACUCUGUGCCAGGAGACCCAGGAGCGGGACGCGCGCAACGAGAUCCUGGGCUGCAGCAGCCACCUCUGCAGCCUGCUCAGGAAACUCGCGCUGGCCACCAGGGACGCCGUGCUCCAGUACCCCAGCCCUGAGGCCCUGCAGCACCUCCAGGCCGAGGCCAAGAAGCUGGAGCAACACACACGGCAAUUGCGAGAGUCGCUGGAAUGAGACCUGCCGGCCUGCGUCCUUCCCCUGUUAACCUCUUAGCCACAGCUUCACACCCACCGCCACUGCCACUCUGCUUGAUGGGACAAAGCAGGCUGGGGCCACCCCAGCGGGCUGCCACAGCCACGGUGUCCAAAGCCACUAUUAGCAAGUGACUAAGCAACCCUAGAGGAGCCCUGGUUGCCCAGUGGCUAAGCACUUGGCUGGUAACGGAAAGAUCGGCGGUUCAAACCCACCAGCCGCUCUGCA